CAAACACGAGAAGUUAUUACUUGUACACUUUGUCACUUUACUUUUAUCUGCUCCCAUCAUAUAAAAGCUUCAUAAAAACAAAACAAAACAAAACAAAACAAAAAACAAUAAGAACAAUAACUGCAGCAAAUCCUUCAUUCACAAAAUACACCAGAGUACUUACUACUACUACUACUUCUACUAUUACUACUUCAGGUGAUGGCAUAUUAUAUGUAAAAAAAGAUACGCUGAAACAAUUCCCUUUUAUAAAGAGAAUCUGUGACUAGAAUUGAAAAGGAAUUUAUAUUUUGGGAAUUGUUAUAAUUAUUGUUGUGGUUGAGUUUAUAGUUGUUGCUUGUUGCUCCUAAAUUAUUUUAAUAAUUUUUGUUAUUGUUAUAUUUAAUUUUAUUCUAAAGGAAAAUUGUUAUUGUUGCUGUUGUUGUUACUUAGUUUUGUAUUCUUUUUUUUUAUUUUAAAAAAGUUAUUGUGUCUUGGAAUGAAAAAAACCAUAGACUAAAUCUAAAUUUGAUAUUCAAUCUUUAACCGAGAGAGACAGAGGAAUAGAGAGGCAAAAACAGAAAUAGAGGCAGAAAGAAAGAAAAAAAAAACAAGAAAGAAAAAAGAAAGUGAAAAUUUUACAGUGUGGGAUUGAUUAUAAGAGAGAAAUUCUGAAAUUCUUUGGCUUAAUUCCUAAACCAUCGGGAAAUACCAGGAAGGAAAAAAAUAUUAAAUAUAGGACCAAAGUCAAGACGAGAGUGGCAGUAGCAGCAACAGGAGCAUAAAUAACAAGAACAACAACAACAACAACCACUAGAUUUUGUUCUUUGUUUAAAAAAAAAAACGAUAAGAAAAGCUAUCCACGAAACAUUGGCUUUCUUGGGAUUCUCUACCAAAAACACUAACACCAACACCUGCUGAUUCUAUCAUUAUUUAUUACUUUUAUUAUUAUUAUUAAUAUCCGCAUCAUCAGUAGCAGCAUCAGCAUCUUCGUUAUUAUUAUUAUUAUUAUUAUUAUUAUUGCCUAUAUUUAGUCGUCCUGCAGUUGCUUUGUAAUAUUUCUCACUUUGGAAGACAACUUACAACUGCAACAACAACAACAGCUGCAACGGCAACAGCAGCAGCAGCAGCAGCAAAAACAAACCACAACAACGAUAACAACAGCCCGAAACAGUUCAUACAUGCGAGCACUAAUAACAUAAUUUAUAAUAAUACUAAUGGUAACUAUAACAAUUAAAUAAUAUUUUAUAAAUAGAUAUAUAAAAACGAGGGAAGUUCCUGAAAAAUAGUGCUGAGCGAAGCAAAGUUCUUAGGAUUAUGGCUGAGAAAAGGGAAAUUCUUCUGCAUUUAACGCGGAUAAUCUGUGCACUUUUCUGCUUCCAUGUGGCAACGUUAAGGAAUUUGGCCACUGGUUAUCGUUCCGGGGAUGUGAGAUUAUCCGGUGGCAAUGAUAAAUAUGAAGGCUCAGUGUUGGUCUACUCUCGUGGACACUGGAAAACUGUAUGCGGUUUGGAGUGGCAUAUUUACGAUGCCAGCGUUGUAUGCCGACAACUUGGUUUUAGGGGUUUACGUCGGCAUUUUCGCCACAGUAAAUUUGGAGAAGGCAGUAUCUAUAAACUGAAAGUCGAAUUCAGAUGCCGUGGAAACGAGGAUACGCUGUUAAAAUGUCCGAGAAGAAUUCGUCGCAACCCUUUAAUGAAAGUGUCUUGUGCAGCGCGCCACGUUUCAGCUGGUGUGGUAUGUAAAAAACCACGAGUGGUGAGAACUACGACCAAAGCCACAACAACUCCAAUACCAACAACAACUCCAAUACCAACAACGAUCCCACCUAGAAUAACUGUGGGGACAACAAAAUCAAACACUAUCGAUAGCGACAAAAGUCGUUUCAAUUCGAAUAAAAACGUUACUACUAUCUUGCACGCACUCGCUGCCAAUAGGAGCGAGCCAAAAAUUCGCCUGAACGAAGAAAAUAAUCUGAAAGAUGAUCGCAACGUGUUAAAAGAUGAACGCAAACACAUCGCUGGUAAUACAGAAGGAAGCUCAACAUCAGACAACAAUGAAUUUACGAAAAAGAAAAAAGGAGAAGAAGAGGAGGAAGAGAAAAAAGAGGAAAAAAGUGAAGAGAAUACUAAGGAAAAUACAAGUGAAAACAGUGAAAAGGAGGUCACAGAAGAAACAGAAGAAACAAAAGUAGAUCUACUGAAGAAAAUUGCCAAAAAUGAAGUAACAGAAGAAAAACCAGAAGAUAUUAAAGAAAGUGCGGUUGACCAAUCGAAAGAUCACCAAGAGAAAGAGAAAUUUAAAGUAAGGCUGGAUGGAGGUCGAUAUAAAAGGGAAGGGCGAGUUGCUAUACUCUUGCCCGGAGCUAAGAAGUAUGGAGUGAUCUGUGGUGACCACUGGAGUUAUUUUGAAGCUUCUGUGGUCUGUCGGCAGUUAGGAUUUGGUUUGGUGAAGCAAGUUUUCCAGGUAAAUUACUAUGGUGGAAGUGAACUUGAUAAACUCUUUGCCCGCAUCCGUUGCCACGGAAACGAAAGUCAUCUAGCAGACUGUCAGACGUUUGAGCAUUACAAUCAGGUGAAAUGUAGCACUAAGGAGUCUGUGGCAUCUCUCAUUUGCACAGACGAGCUUCCUGACUUAGUACCAGACGUUGAAGCACUUCGAUUAUCAAUUCGGCUUGAGGACAAGCCUCUUUACUAUUUACAAUGUGCUAUGGAAGAGAAUUGUCUUGCAUCAGAAGCUUAUGAAGUUAAAGAACAUUCCAGAGAUUGGGUUGCAGCCACACGACGAUUGCUUCGCUUCAGCAGUAUUGUACAUAACAAAGGCGCAGCAGACUUUAUCCCGAACACACCAAAAGAUUCUUGGGAGUGGCAUGAAUGUCAUAUGCAUUACCAUAGUAUGGAGAUCUUCGCUCACUAUGACAUAAUGGAUUUAAAGGGAAAUCGUGUAGCUCAAGGUCACAAGGCCAGUUUCUGCUUAGAAGACACUCGAUGUCCACCUGGAAUCACACCAAAAUAUAACUGUAUUGGAUAUGGUGAUCAAGGUCUUUCAGUGAACUGUUCAGACAACUAUUACCACGACAUAGACUGUCAAUGGAUUGACAUCACAGAUAUGAAAUUUGGAAGUUACAUACUCAAGGUUGAAUUCAACCCAAAUAUGCACGUCAGUGAGAUGACAUUUGACAACAAUGUCGUUCAGUGCCAGCUUUAUUAUUCAGGGACAUACGCACAGGCUUAUAAUUGCAAAAUAAUUCCACUUUUGCGCAGAGAUUAACGAAGGAUCUCCCUCCCACUACGUAGAAUAAAAACAAUUUACAUGCUAACCGGUUGAAACCCGAAAUUCUGACAUCAAAAUAUUGCUAUAGGAUGCGAAAAAAGAGAAAGAAAACAAACAACUACAGCAGCAGCAGCAGCAACAGCAGCAGCAAUGAGAAAAGUAAUUUCUUCUGAUAAAAACUAUACAAGUCGAAAAUAGAAAUGGUUCAGCCAAAGAAGAUAUAGGGGAGACAACCCUGUGAUACUAUUUUGGCACUGCCUAAAUCAAUUGCUUCCUUAAGAUGACAGUGUUUCUAUUUAUUUUAUAAUUUUUAAAAAAGUUUCUAUUCUUCUUUUAUAAUUGUUACAUAUUUCUAUUUUUAAUUGUUAUUUUAUACAUGAGGCUAGUAUUAUUUUAUU